UUUCUUCUCACCACAUCAGCCCUCUCCCAUGCGAACACCCGGUGCUUUCAGCCGCCACUUUUGGUGUCGGCAGCGAAUACCUCCAGGGAUCUAGCUGGCACGGUCUCCGGUCUACCAUUUAUCCAUAGCAACCUGUGUCUAGGUUUUUAGUUUAAAUAAACGCUGUUUUUGUGUCAAUCUGUCCGCAAAAAAAACAUAUAAUGGUGAUACCCCAUCAAACCCUCGCACAUCUAUCUGCUAAGACUGUAUAGUUUGCAGGACGCAAGAAAUCAGCAACUUGAAAUCCACAAGAAUGCUGUUGUCGUUCUCAUCCGUUGCCAUAUCCCUGCUCCUUGCUCCGGCCGUACAGGCUGGACCAAUCGUCCCUCGGCAAGCGACAGCACCGUUCGACUGCGGAGAGGUACGCGUCGAUUCGCCGAAUACGACAUACAGUGGCUUCGUAGCUGCUGAUUUGGACACGGAGAGGAGAUAUGUGGUCACAAGAACCGAGAACCAAAAGAGACUUCUCACGAGGUUCGAGAAUAAUACGUUGUUUACUUUGAAUAGUAAUGGGAAGAACCCCACUUUCGGAGCAACCUUUGGAUUCUACUGGGAUACACCACCGGACAAACCGAACUUCGCGGCUUCAGCGCAGAACUAUGCAUACUUCAACAGCGUUGCUGCCUCGAAGGUUGGCGACAAGCCUGCCAAAAUCGCGGCUUCGAUCAACGAGGCUGGGACCGAUCCUUCCACAGGAGGGAAGAGAGACCACGAGAGCGAAUCGGCAAUAUUCUAUUUGGACCUCACAAGCGGAGAGCUAACCUCUCAAUGGGUCAAUACCGACGGAUCAUUCGUCCCCGCACUCUUUGUAAUCAACACACAGAGAAGGAUCAAUAUUUCGGGAAAUCUAACAAGGUAUUUCCAAGAAUGGCAAGGAGCGCCGGCAAGGAUCUUCUGCUCGCAGCCGGCAUAAGGCGGCACCGGAUGCGUUAACUGGAGGGGUGAUGGUCUGAAGAGGUGUGCGACUUGUUUCUCAUGUCUGAUUUUCCUUGCUGGAUCGGAUUCAGACCGAGCAGUUUCUGUAUCAUACCUCCUGUAGCUUUCCAAGAAUGCUAUUGUUCUCCC